AUGCCUUCAUUAUGGACGUUGAAAUCACUGGUUAUCUUUUUAAAUGCUGGGAAGCGAUCAAAACUCAAGGAGUUCAGAAACAGUCCAAGAAGGUACCACAAGCGAUCAGAUGGUCAGACUAUGUUGCCCAAUGAAAUAUGGUAGGCCUUAUUUUUAAAAUUGCUUUUUAAACUACAACUUACGUAUUUUAUUACAAAAACAAUAUUACAAAGCUUUGCUUGCUGCAAAAAUGUAAACAAAGGGUUUAAUGUUUAUUGUGAUAGAUAUACAUAUGUUUGAUAGAUAGAGAAAACAAUAAUUUUGACAGUUUCCAUGUUUUAUAGUAAUAACAAGCUCAAAACGUUUGAGAGCUCACUGAUCUUACACUUUCAGGUCACUGAUUUGCUCCGAUUUGAGUCCGUUUGAUCUUCUGAACUUGAGGCGGGUUAAUCGACAGCUAAAUGACAUUGUAACCGACCGGUUGAAAGCCUUGUUUUAUUUGGACUUGUUGAGAUGUGACACUGAACAGCUGGCUAACGAGGAGUAUGAGGAUGGUAAGGAAGGUUAAAGAGAGAACUCAUUUGGUUAAAUUCGGUAUUACUGAGUAUGAGGUUGGUAAGGGGGGGGGGCGUAGUAUGAGGAUGGUAAGGAGAUGGGUGGGGGGGGGGUAUGAUGAUGGUAAGGAGGAGUAAAAAGAGCAUUUGUUUGGGUUUUUAGAAAUGGGCAUGAAAAGUACUGUAAGGAGGGUGGGUUCUAGCGGGCAUGGAAACUUUUUUCAGUUAAGACAGGGUAGGGAGGGGGUAAUUUGAGUGGGGUUUUUUGUUAUUUUUCAAUUUCUUUAAAUAUUAUAACUAUUGUUAUAAUGCUUAUAUUUACUAUAUAACUACACGUAAACAGUAAAUAUUUCUCUUUUUUUUGUAUUUGUAGACGCACAGCACUAUUAUCUAUACUUAAUAUGAUAUUGUUCUCUAAUUAUAAUAAUUGAAAUCUACAAAAUGCUUUCUUAUUAUUUCCAAAGAAUACUGAAAAUUACUUUACAGUAUCCAAAUAACUCAAAAUUACUUUACAGUAACGAUGUAGCUCAAACUUAGUUUACAAUGUCUCAAUAGCUCAAGAUUAGUUUACAGUAUCUAAAAAGCUGAAAAAUAAAAAAAAAGUUGCUCCAUAACCUUUGUACUGUAGCAUGACACAGUAUGACAUUUUUUUGUAUUUAAAAUUGUAAUUCCAAUAAUUACUUUAACAUGACGAAUCACAAUUACUUUACAACUUUGACUUCCAAAAUGGCCAAGAAUUAAUCUGUAAAGUUUUCUUGAGCUUAUUUUGGCCUAAUCUUUGCUUAUCUUACUAUUCGUCUUUAACACGUACAUUUUUAUAUCUGCAACAUGAGUUUUUAAAGUUUAUGACACAAGAUUUAGAGGUAUAGGAAGUGUAGGUGGUUGGGAACCAAAAAUGUCGAGGGGUGGAAGGGCUGUUGAGGGAUGGGGGAAGGAGUGGUUGUGUACAUGAGAAAAUCAACAUAAAAAUUGAGAAUUAGCUUUUAAAGUGGCUUUAACAACACUAGGUAUAAAUCAAGGAAGGAUAAAUUAAAAUUACAACAACAACACUUCUCGUAUUUUACAUAUUUUAACUUUAAAAAGCAAAAACAUUAGAUUGCUCAAAUAAUUUUGUGUUUCUUUUCAAAGCAAAUUUUUGAAUUUAGGAGCACAGAAUUAUUUGAACAAUAUAAAACUACAAAAAAAGGUAAAUUUUAAAAAAGGUUCAAAAGUUAAAAUUUUCUUUCCAGAAGACUUUCACCAGCUCAAGAAGACAAAUAUCUACCUCCAUUUGGACGAACGUAGCGCUGUCAUAAUGGUAGAUGAUCGAUGGACGUCAAAAGAUGUAUAUUCUCUUUGGGACAUGAUUCAAUUCUUUGCUCCUUUUGUACGGUGCUUAACGGUAAGUUGUGAUACGGUUUUUGUGUUACAUAUAUGUUACAUUGACUAUGUUAUAACUAGUACUAUAUGUUACUAUUAUUAGUUGUUGUUUUAGUUAUAUUUGUUGUUAAAAUAAAUAUUUGAUUAAAAAACCGUGUAACAGAACAUUGCGCGCACCCUGUAUUUUAGGUUAGUUUUACUUUAAUUUUUAUGUAAAACGACUGUAAAAGGAACACUCUUGUUAUAAUCGACAAAAACUUAGCUCUUUUGUUUUUAAAAACAAAAUUUAAUUUUUUUAAAACUUUUUAAAUUUAAAUUCAAAAAAGACAUCUUCCACUUCAAACCAUGUGAUUUAGAUAGACGUAGCCUUGGCUGAAAUGAUAGUAGCCGCCUUGAGUUCGGUAAAGCUGAGUCGAUGGUACGCUUUUCAAUGCUAUGUAGAUACAAUUGGUCAGCAAGGACAGGAAGAACUACAUAUGAAGUGUAGCAAACAGACAAAUCACAAACGGGUUUUAUUUCCUCAAAUGACAGAGGUAAGCCUUUUUUAUCAAGUCUUCCUUGACCUUUAUUAAAUGUAUAUAUGUCUAAUCCUUAUGUAGAGGCGAGAAACGAACCAGGCUAAAAAUUUGGGCACCGGGCCUAAAAGUUGGACUCUGGGCUUGGGGCGGGUCUAAAAGUUCAAAAGUAGGCCCGGCCCGUUUCUCUUCGCUUAUGUUUAGUUUUUGACUUGGAUGCGAAAAGAAUGGCGCGGCUUUUAUAGUAUUGUAAAUUCAGGGUGUCACAGGGGAUUGAAGAGCUUGAUUUGAUAAGAAUAGCAUUUAAAAAGGCAGCUUAAGGUAUACAUUAAAGGGUGCUAAAGUUUUGUCGUCAAUUUGCUUUGCUUUAUAAGCGACAAGCUCUUUGGCAUUAUGGUAUGUACUAUAAUAUGUAGUUUUAUAGAAAAAAUAGGUAAAUCUUUAUUUUUUAAGCCUAAGGUGUAAUAUUUUUUUAAGCUUAAGAUGCGUUAUUUUGUUUUUAAACCUAAACUACUCUACUUUAUAGUUUUAAGACUACAAUGCCUUAUUUUGUAUUUUUAAGCCUAAAACACUCUAAUAAACAAAGAUAUACACAACUUUUAACCCUUUUUAUCAUUCGCCAAUAUCAAAACCUAAACGUGUGCCCAAUACACUCAAUUUACCACUUCCUCUUUCCAGUUCACCCUAAGGGCAUUGCCGUCGGAUCUGGCGCAUCUGAGCCGUUUAUCAGAUUACGGAGUGCAAAAAGAAGCCAUCUUCUCGAACGACUGCAUCCAAUUAGUACGGUGCACCCUUCUGGAGCCGGUUGGUACUAAAAUGCCGGGCGAGAAGACAAUUUGCACUCGAUUCGGGGCGAAACGACCACAUCAACACCUCAGGGCAUUCAAGGAAUGGAUUGGAGCUGAGAAUUUGAAAGAAAAGUACAUGCAACAGUACACUGCUUAG